AUGGAAGCUAACCACACGGAUCGUCUCAAUCAGGCAGCAGCGUUAAUAACGAGCAUAUUAACAUCUGCGCAGCAGUCUACGUCCCCCGCCAGGAGUAACCUCUCCUCGGUAGAUGGAGAGAUCGCCACUCUUUUUCGCCAGGCCAACUCUACACAACCGAGCAGUUCAAGGCCACAGCAGCCCCCAUCAACUCGUCAAAGAGUGAGGCAACAUUUCAACUCGUGGGCCUCUGGAAGCAGGAGGAGGAGGCCCACUUCUGUGGAGUACCAUGACCAUUUCAACAAGGAUGUAAUUCUACUCCCUGACCCAACAUGGGAGUUUGUGUGCAAGCAAAAGUCCAAACAGUUCUUGCAUGCAAAUGGUCACAUACUCAGUGCUUUUGAGUUCCAUAAAUCAUGGAACCAGUUGACCCUAUUCCGACAGAUCCGGGAUGAGUUCAAGCCCAGAAUUCCUGAGGAAGUGAGCUUGCAGUUUCUAAUGGCUUGUGGAAAUAAACUUGUGACACCUAAACUUAAAGAAGGUCAAGAGUUUGAUGGUCACAUGAUUCACAAGGUCUUCAGGUCAAAAGCCUUGUAUGUAAAACCAUCAGUUGCUAUUCUUGGUUACAACAGUGAUACUGAGGAUCAGUCCUGUGCUAUCCAGGAGGGUCCCAGCACAAGGUCAAAGUCAAGGGCAACUCAUCCCAGGGAAGAUAGCAGCGAAGAGGGCCACAGCGAUGGUUUAAUUCUUGAUGAAACCGCUACCUCCAGCCUGCCACUCAACAGCUAUCUUCACACGACAAGCUCUCUGCCUCACACCACCAACUCCAGCUUCAGCUCUUCUGUCGUUCCAGUGACUACCAGUGUCACCUCUUCUGUCACGGCUUCCAGCUCGACCAUUGCCCCCACAUCUGACUACUCUUCAUAUGUGACCUUAAUGAGAGAUGUCUCUGAUUUAUCGUCGGAUGAUGAGGAUUUAAAUCGUGCAAUACAAGCUAGCCUUCAAACUGAACAAGCCCAGGCAACUGAACAUGCCUCUGUUCAGGAGAUCCUCUCAGAGUUGGCUGAUAAAAUCUCGGCAAAUAGUCGCUGUAAAUUCAACAUCAACCGCUCGGCAGUGUUGGAUGGUGCCUUCCGGAGCUUCAAUCGGGCCACGUACGACCCCAAUGCCACCAUGAACAUCAAAUUUUCCGAUGAUCUUGGACGGAAUGAGGAGGCAGUGGAUUUGGGAGGACCAAGGAGGGAGUUCCUACGCCUUCUGAUGGAAGCUCUGAUGAUGAGCUCCAUGUUUGAGGGGUCAGAAUAUAGUCAGAAUCUGGCACUUGAUAUUCCAGCACACAGAGAGGACCGCUAUUUCCUUGCUGGAAGAGCUAUUGCUGUCAGUCUUGUCCAUGGAGGCCCACCACCUAGUUUCCUCUCUACAACACUAUUUGACUGCUUGGCUGCAGGCAGCCAUACAGCCAAGCCAGUGUUGAAGGACAUUGCAGACACAGACAUCUACAAUCAAGUGAAAAGGCAAUCUGCACUGACUGCUGAGAUAAUGGAGGAUUUGUUCCCCAUCCAUCUAUCUGCGCAAGGCAGCAACAAGAGGAGAGCAGAGGAGAUGGUGGUUCCCUACUGGAGAGACUACCUAAUUGAUGCGGAAGAUCAAGAGGGUCCUUCCAAACUUGAGCAAAUCCUUGCCUUUGCCACGGGAGCGACAGUGAUCCCACCAAUUGGCUUCCAACCUAUGCCAUCUAUUGAUUUCCUGCACGAGGAGGAGUAUGGAGACUCUGCUGUGUCAAACCUCCCUCUUGCAAAUACAUGCAUAAACUGUCUCAAGCUGCCGUUGCACAGCUCAUACUCUGUGUUCAAGGCAAAACUGGACUUUGCCUUUGCCAAUACACAUGGCUUUGGCAGAGCUUAA